CGGAAAUACAGACCACGCUCAUAAACCUUCACGGUAAACGUGGGAAACCGGCUUUAUUCGUUGUAGUCGAAAAGUGAUUUUGUGUAGAUCUGGUUAUUGAGAAUCUGUCCCUCCCAUAAGACACAGCCGUUUGCUGACACUGGGCACAAGCGACAACCAUUAUGGAUUCAAGUAUCAGUGGCUCUGGACUGAGGAAAUUGUUUGUGGAUUUCUUCAAGGAGAAAGGCCAUACCUAUGUUCAUUCCUGCUCCACCACAAACGAUGACCCCACCCUGCUGUUUAUAAACUCAGGCAUGUGCCAGUAUAAACCGAUCUUUCUGGGGACAGUUGACCCUAAUAGUGACAUGGGUAAGUAUGUGCGUGCUGCAAACAGCCAGAAGUGUAUCCGUGCAGGAGGCAAGCAUAAUGACUUGGAUGAUGUGGGAAAAGAUGUCUACCAUCACACAUUCUUUGAGAUGAUGGGUAACUGGUCCUUUGGGGAUUACUUUAAGAAAGAGGCUUGUGCGUUUGCCUGGGAGCUGCUCAUUGAUAGACUGAAGAUUCCUGCUGAUCGUCUGUAUGUCACAUAUUUUGGUGGAGAUAAGAAUGGCCUGGAUCCUGAUCUGGAAACAAAGCAGAUCUGGAUGGAAAACAUCGGUCUACCUGCUGAGAGAGUGUUACCUUUUGGAAUGAAGGACAAUUUCUGGGAGAUGGGGGAGACAGGGCCUUGUGGACCGUGUACAGAGAUCCACUUCGACCGUAUAGGGGGCCGCGAUGCCAAAGACUUGGUCAACAUGGAUGACCCAGAUGUGCUGGAAAUCUGGAAUCUCGUAUUCAUACAGUUCACAGGUAAAGAAACUGAUGGCUCUCUCGUGACCUUACCCAAGAAGCAUGUGGACACAGGCAUGGGGUUAGAGCGGGUUGUCUCUGUGCUACAGGGCAAACGAUCAAACUACGACACAGAUCUCUUCACACCCAUUUUCGAGGCCAUUCAGAAGGGAACAGAUUGUCGUGAGUACACAGGGCAUGUUGGGAAGGAUGAUGUGGAUGGUGUUGACAUGGCAUACAGGGUUCUGGCAGAUCAUGCGAGAACAUUGACGAUUUCAUUGGCCGACGGAGGACGUCCUGAUAAUACUGGAAGAGGAUAUGUGCUGCGGAGAAUCCUGCGACGUGCGGUGAGAUAUGCCACAGAGAAGCUCAAUGCUAAGCCUGGCUUCUUCGCUUCACUGGUGGACACUGUCAUUGACUCAUUGGGUGGUCCAUAUCCUGAACUAAGGAAAGAUCCUCAGAUGAUCAAGGAUAUCAUUAAUGAGGAAGAGGCACAGUUCUUAAAGACACUGAACAGAGGGCGAAGGUUAUUGGAGCGUACCAUUAAUAAACUGGGGGAUACCAAUGUGCUGCCAGGGGAUGUUGCCUGGAGAUUGUACGAUACGUAUGGUUUCCCUGUAGACUUGACUCAGUUGAUGGCAGAAGAAAAAGGCCUCAGCAUCGAUAUGGGAAGUUACGAAGAAUCUAAGAAAGAAGCACAGCUGAGAUCUCAAGGCUCAGGAGGUACCACAGAUGACCAGGUUGACCUUGAUGUCCAUGCCAUCAGUGACCUUCAGGGCCGUGGGAUUCCGGUCACUAAUGAUCUGGCCAAGUACAGAUACAGUGCGGACGAUGAGGGCAAUUACAAGUUUGAAUCAAGUUCAGGGAAAGUGCUGGCGUUAAGGGUGGGGAAGACAUUUGUGGACUCGGUCAGCACAGGUCUGGAAUGUGGCGUGGUACUGGACAAGACGUGUUUCUACGCUGAACAAGGGGGACAAAUCUACGACGUUGGUUUUAUGGUCAAGGACGGGGAAGAGGAAGUGGAACUGGCUGUGAGGAAUGUACAGGUGCGUGGCGGCUACGUCCUCCAUGUGGGGGUCAUAGAGGGCACCCUGAAGUUGGGAGAUACAGUCAGACUCACCCUGGAUGAGUCACGAAGAGUUGCUGUGAUGAAGAACCAUACUGCCACGCACAUGUUAAACUUUGGCUUGCGGAAGACGCUGGGGGAAGCAGACCAGAAAGGCUCCCUGGUGGCACCAGACAGGCUUCGCUUUGAUUUCACUGCUAAGGGAGCUAUGACUGCGAAACAGAUCGAAGAAACUGAAAAUAUCGUGAACAAUAUGGCCAAGAAAAAUGAAACGGUAUAUGCUAAAGAAGCGAGUUUGGGUGUGGCAAAGACAAUCCAGGGUUUGAGAGCAGUAUUUGAUGAGGUGUAUCCUGACCCGGUGAGGAUCAUUUCUGUAGGUGUGCCUGUAGAGGACUUAGUCAGUGACCCCAUGGGACCAGCAGGCACCCACACAACAGUCGAGUUCUGUGGUGGAACGCAUCUGUUAAAAUCUGGCCAUGUAGGACACUUCGCCAUUGUGUCAGAGGAUGCGAUCUCAAAGGGCAUUAGGAGAAUUGUGGCAGUCAGUGGAACAGAGGCUAACAAGGCGCUGCAUAAAACUCAAGUGUUGGAGAAAUCUGUGGAAGAUUUGACCAAGAAAAUAGAGAGUAACAACAAGGAGUUCACGGACAAGCAACUGACCAGGGAGAUUGUGGAGCUGGAUGAUGAUGUCUCUCAGGCUGUCAUCCCGUACUGGAGAAAGGAUCAACUAAGAAGUAAACUGAAAAGUCUGAAGAAAAAGAUGGAUGACCUUGACAAGGCCAAAAAGGCUGCUGUGAUGACCGAGGUCGUGGAGGAAGCUAAAAAGAUGAUAGAAGCUAAUCCAAACAAACCUGUUGUGAUUCAUGAGUUCAAGGCAGGCUCUAAUGCAAAGGCCCUGGAUGCAGCCAUGAAGCAAUAUAAAACUCUCUCCCCAGAAACGGCGGCCAUGUUUUUCUCUGUAGACCCUGAUGUGGGGAAGAUCCUUUGUAUGAGCUGUGUGCCCAAGUCUUCAAUCACAAAAGGCCUAAAGGCAAACGAUUGGGUGGGCCACCUAACGACUGUGAUCAAUGGGAAAGGCGGUGGGAGGGACACGUCUGCACAGGCCACUGGGACCAAUGUCAAUGCUUUGCAGGAGGCUGUCAAACUUGCAACAGAGUUUGCAAGCUUAAAACUCUCGUGAUAGAAACCACACACUUAAUUUUUCAUUUGUACAGGAUGUAUUUUCUCUGCAUUACCUGAACGUACUGGAACAUAGUAUUAAGGGUACAGAUUUUCAAGGCUGUUAAAGUGAAUAGGACUGUUGUCUCUAUCUUCAUUUAAAGAUACAUGGAAAUUUUCAAAACUGUCCAUCAUCGUCAGAUGACUUUUGUAAAGUGCUCAACAUCAUCAGUGGCAGGAGUAAUGCCUAUAUUUACAAAUGUGUAAAUCAUUGCAGUCAUUGCAUUAUAUAUUUUUUCAUGCAUAUUAUUUAUGAUUUUUAAAGACAUUAUAACUGAAUCCUGUUUGUUCAUCUUAAGUAGAUGACUGAACCAUACUUCUGGCCUAAGUUGUGAACAUAACUUUACAAGUGUCACAUAGUUCAAGCACUCUUAUUUAUGUCUUCCUGAAGUGCAAUUUCCUGUCCAUGCAUUGGGUAGUUCCUGAUAAUUUUUGUUAACCAAACUAGUGUUUUUGUGUUGUCAAGCCGCUCUUCAAUGUAUCAUGUAGUGUUGCUGAAAAAAUUGUACUUUUAGUAGAAAAGGGAUAUAUUUUCCUGUAGGUUAUGUGGUUUGGGUUCAUGUAGAAUGAAGGCAACUUCUUUCCAGAUGUGUUUUCCUGAAUAGCACCCCACCAGUCCAUCAUUAAUUACUUUAAAUAACCUAAAAUACCAUUCAUUGCUAUGUUCCUCAUUCCAGCUGGAGUUUCUGUUGGUCGUAGAAAGGUGUUAUGAGAUUUGUUGAGAAUGUACCCUUGAGGAAAACUGUGAGUGAACUGUGUGAGCAUUCAGUGAAGUAAUGAUUUAUGACACUUGCAGUUGAGAUUUCAGGCCCUCUACAGUAUUUCGCAUCUUGAAUUUGAUUGUGAGAUCAGUCUAGGUGUAAAUUAUAACCAACAUUUCUGUUUCUGGCCCUGCCUUUUGACAAUGAAAUUCUAGAUCCCCCAGCUGUUACUGUUUGAGGCCUUGGUGGCAGUAACUAUUGAUGGCACUCAUUGAACCAUUAUGGUUUUCACAGAGUUUAUUCAUUGAUUUUUUUUACGUCGUACUCAAGAAUAUUUCACUUAUACGACGGCAGCCAGCAUUAUGGUGGGUGGAAACCGGGCACAGUCCGGGGGGAAACCCGCAACCAUCCGCAGGUUGCUGACAGACCUUCUCACGUACGGCCGGAGAGGAAGCCAGCAUGAGCUGGACUUGAACUCACAGCGACGGCAUUGGUGAGAGACUCCUGGGUCAUUAUGCUGCGCUAGCGCUUUAACCGACUGAGCCACGGAGGCCCCUUGUUCAUUGAAGAACCUUGCCUUCCACCAAUGUGGUGUGCACAUCUGCAGGUCACUAAUGGAAAAGUCCAUCAGGAACUUGCCAAAAGUCAGCGGUUUACCCCCAGGCACUUCGUGUGCCCCAAACAUAAAACAACAAUGAAAUAUAUAGACAGACAUAUGCCCAUUGCUGGAGUCAUUAUGCUACUGUAAGUUCUGGUGAUACAUGUCAAAUCUUGACAUGUACAUACACUGUGAAAUGUCCUGCAAAUACCUCUGUGGUCAGAGAAUGACAAACAAGCUUAACGCUGAUGUAACCAAAAUAAAGAAUUUUUUUGUUUGUUCACCAUGUA